CUCACCAGAGGUGUUGAUCGCAGAAAUUCAGCUCCUUUCCUUUUUCUCUCAGCCUCUUAGAUCUUAUCAAACUCUGAUCUCCACCAGCCAUCGCUGCCAUGUCCACCUCCAUUCAUCUCUUAAUAUUUCCUUACCCCGCUCAUGGUCACAUGCUUGCUCUCCUUGAUCUUAUCCACCAGUUGUCUCUCCGUGAUUUCGCCAUCACCAUCUUAGUUACUCCCAAAAACCUCCCAAUUCUCACUCCUCUCCUCAACUCUCACCCUCAUAUUCAAACCCUACUUCUACCCUUCCCCUCCCACCCCUCCAUCUCCCCCGGCGUUGAAAAUGUUAAGGAACUUGGUAACGCUGGCAACUUCCCCGUCAUGUCCGCUUUGGUCAAACUCUUUGACCCCAUAACCCACUGGUUUCAUUCCCAUCCCAAUCCACCUGUUGCCAUCAUAUCUGAUUUCUUUCUCGGUUGGACUUUAGACCUAGCUCGUCACCUCAAUGUAAUCAGAAUCGCUUUUUUCUCAGUCAGCGCGCUUUUGCCAUCGGUUUUUGACUAUUGUUGGAAUCAUUUCGAUGAAGUCAAGUCUUCCGGUGUUGUUGAGUUGCAUGGUUUGCCAAGAUCUCCAAUCUUUAAGCAGGAACAUCUCCCUUCUGUGUUUAGACGGUAUAAAGAAUCGGACCCUGAUUCGGAGUUUGUGAAAGAUUGCUUGUUGAAAAAUACAUUGAGUUGGGGUUGUGUUUUUAAUUCUUUUGUGGAUCUGGAAGGUGAUUAUUUGGAUUAUUUGAAAACAAAAAUAGGACAUGAUCGGGUUUUUGCCGUCGGCCCGCUUUCUUUAUUGGGAAUAGAGUCAAAAUCUGCAAAUGACCCGAAAUUGAUUCCGAAUGACUUUUCGUUGAAGUGGCUAGACGGGUGCCCGGAUGGCUCUGUCCUUUACGUCUGCUUCGGAAGUCAAAAGCCGUUGAGAAGUGAACAAAUGGAGGCUUUGGCUUCAGGGCUUGAAGUAAGCGGGGUCCGAUUUUUGUGGGUAGUAAAAACGGGUGAGGGGUAUGGGUCGAUCCCCGAAGGAUUUGAGGAGCGGGUAUCGGAUCGGGGAUUGAUUGUAAAGGGAUGGGCUCCUCAAGUUUCUAUAUUGAAUCAUAAAGCAGUGGGCGGAUUCUUGAGCCAUUGCGGGUGGAACUCAGUUUUAGAAGUGAUCGUGAGCGGGGUAAUGAUAUUGGGUUGGCCCAUGGAAGCUGACCAGUUUGUGAAUGCAAGGUUGCUGGUGGAGGACAUGGGCGUGGCGGUUAGAGUGUGCGAGGGUGCGGACUCGGUGCCUGACUCCACUGAGUUGGGACGGAUGAUUUCCAAAUCGAUGAAUCAGUGUGGUGAAGUGAAGGCUAGAGCUAAGGAGUUGAAGGAGAAGGCUUUGGCAGGAGUGGAAAGUGGAGGAAGCUCUGCAAGGGAUUUGGAAAAACUUGCAGAAGAAUUGAAAAAUCUUCAAGGUAAAUCAGUUUUAAUCAAUUAAAAAUUCAUGAAGUUUAAAUAAGACCUUAAAUCAUUAUUAUUAUUACAAAAUCUAAAUUGAAAUUGUAAUGGAAAAUAACAAGAUUCAGAUACACCCAAAA